UUAGAAGUAACAUUCAUAGGAGAGACAAGGAAGAGCUCAUCACACAAGAUGAGGGCAAUCAUAGCUUUGUUUUUCCUUUUCUGUUUUCUUGCUCCCUCUGCUUUGGCGCAGCUCCGAUUUGGGUUCUACGGCCGCUCAUGCCCUCGAGCAGAAUCUAUCGUUGCUAAUGUUGUUGCCAACCGUUUCCGUCGUGACCGUUCCAUUACUGCAGCAUUUCUUCGUAUGCAGUUUCAUGAUUGCUUUGUUAGGGGUUGUGAUGCUUCCCUCUUGAUCGACCCAAGACCCGGAAGGCCAUCAGAGAAAAGCACCGGACCAAAUGCAAGCGUGAGAGGAUACGAGGUCAUUGAUGAAGCUAAGAGACAGCUCGAGGCUGCGUGCCCUCGAACAGUCUCAUGCGCAGACAUUGUAACUCUAGCCACCAGAGACUCGGUCGCAUUAGCUGGUGGACCAAGGUUCUCAGUACCAACAGGAAGACGUGAUGGAUUAAGGUCAAGCCCCAAUGACGUCAACUUGCCCGGACCAACAAUACCGGUUGGCGCAUCGAUCCAGUUAUUUGCAGCUCAAGGUAUGGAUGUGAACGAUAUGGUUACACUCAUUGGUGGUGGCCACAGCGUCGGUGUUGCACAUUGUAGUCUCUUCCAGGAGAGGCUUUCCGACCCUGCAAUGGACCGUACAUUGAAUGCUAGGUUGAGAAACACAUGUCGUGCCCCUAACGACCCAUCAGUUUUCUUGGACCAGAGGACUCCAUUUAUCGUGGAUAACGCAAUCUAUGGAGAGAUCCGACGUCAAAGAGGAAUCCUAAGAAUUGACCAAAACUUAGGACUCGAUAGAUCAACCCGUGGGAUUGUGUCUAGUUUUGCAUCAAGCAAUGCCCUCUUUAGACAGAGAUUUGCCCAAGCAAUGGUGAAAAUGGGUACCAUUAGGGUUCUUACUGGUCGUUCUGGUGAGAUCAGGAGAAACUGUAGAGUCUUCAACAACAGACAUUGAUUCUAAACUUUUUAAAAAUUACCAUUAUAAAUUUUGGUUUUUUUUUUUUUUAUCGGUUAGAUAAUUAACCGGAAGUUUUCGUUUUGUAUUUUCCUUCAAAUUCACUUGUACGUGCACUUUGGUAAUAUAUGUGAUCACUCACUCCUGUAAUUCUAUAGUAUGUGACUGCAUUUUUUAAAAUGUAGUUAAACAAUUUGUUUGUUGGUUUUCUAAUUUGUUAUUCAAAUGCUUUGGAGAUUUGAAUUGAUAUUGUUAACCGAAUCAAAAUU